CGGCUCGCCGCAGAGGCGGCUGCAAAGAAGCUGGUGCCGCGGGCGCAGAUCGACCAGCUGGCAGAGAGGCUCGCCAGCCACCUCGAGAAGGCAGAGGCGCCUCUGCGGCAGCUGGUCUCCUCCUACUGCGGGCAGGCUGCCCAGGACUCUGCGGCCGGGCCGGAUGCGGAGAUGCUGGAGGCCCUCGAGAACGAGCUCGAGCGGACGACCCUCGCGCCCGACAGUCCCUGGGUGAAUGCGGCCAAGUCGCUGCAGGCCGCCCUGAUGGCCGCCUGCAGGCUGCGCAGAGUGGCGAUUCUGUACCUUCGGCCUGGCUAUCUCAUUGCCCCUCUUGCCCGGGGGGUGGUGGGCUGCGAGUCCGCCGUGUCCCUGCUGGAGGCGUCGGCGCGUGCCGCAUCGGGUGACCCCUCCCUGCGCGCCCUCGGGCUGCGGCGCCUGGUCGUCGAGGCGCGGGAGGCGCUGGGACGGGCGCGCGCGGACAAGGCGCUGGAGGAGAUGCUCUCCGCGGCCCCCUGGGGCGCGGGG